GGGAGCUCUGCUGGAAUGGGUUCCCGUUGCUGUAACGUGUGUGUGCGUGGCAGUGGCUCAGUAGAGCAGGCCUGGGCAUUUAUUCAGAAAUACUGCUACUGCCUCUUAUGGUUUGUAGGGCUCUGUGCACAGAACUGCUUGCAGGGGCACAGAAGAAGGUAUUUCUUCCAGGGCUUCCUCGUUUGGUCCCAGCUGUGUUCAUUUGUGGUUCUGCUGAGGGAGGCCAGGUAUAUGUCACAAGGAAAAUACGCAGAAGCAAGAGAAUUAAUGUAUUCAGGGGCUUUGCUGUUCUUCAGCCAUAACCAGCAAAACAGCGCUGCAGAUCUCUCCAUGCUGGUGUUGGAGUCCUUGGAGAAAUCGGAUGCAAAAGUAGCCGACGACCUUUUAGAAAACCUGGCUAAAUUGUUUAGUUUAAUGGAUCCCAAUUCUCCCGAAAGAGUGGCUUUCGUAUCCAGAGCACUAAAGUGGUCUAGUGGGGGAUCAGGGAAACUUGGACAUCCCAAACUACACCAGUUACUAGCGAUUACCCUGUGGAAAGAGCAAAACUAUAGUGAAUCUCGGUAUCACUUCUUGCACUCCACAGAUGGCGAAGGAUGUGCUAAUAUGCUAGUGGAGUACUCCUCGGCCAGGGGCUACCGCAGCGAGGUGGACAUGUUUGUAGCACAGGCAGUACUACAGUUUCUCUGCUUAAAAAAUAAGACCAGUGCAUCAGUUGUUUUCACGACGUACACACAGAAACACCCUUCCAUAGAAAAGGGUCCGCCCUUUGUCCAACCGCUGCUAAACUUCAUCUGGUUUCUGUUGUUGGCAGUUGACGGAGGAAAACUAACAGUAUUUACAGUAUUGUGUGAACAGUAUCAACCUUCACUGAAAAGAGACCCCAUGUAUAAUGAGUACCUCGAUAGAAUAGGACAGCUUUUCUUUGGUGUUCCGCCCAAGCAGACAUCGUCCUACGGAGGGUUACUAGGAAAUCUUUUAAACAGUCUGAUGGGAACUGGAGAGGACGAGGACACGGAGGAGGGGCAGGAGGACAGCAGUCCCAUCGAGCUGGACUGAGGGGUGCCCUGUAAAUCUGGUGAUUCGAUGGCUCCAAAGACAGUUUUGGAAUUUGAAUCCUGCGGUUGUUUCUUGGCGCCUAAAAGGGCUCCUCCGGUCUUUUAGAAAUGGUUGCUGAAAUGUUUAUAAUGUUUGGUCUAUAUUAUUUAUGUAAAAAAAAAAAGAAAAAAAAAAAAAAGAAAGAAACCAACCAAAAGUAGCCAAACGAAGCGAUGGGAGCAGGUGGCUGUUAGCAGGUUUCCCAUACAGCGGCUGUUGACUUUUUGAUUAAAAAUCUGGUCUUCUCCGGUUUCUGACGCAGUAUUCCCUUUUGCACAGCAAUUGCAUAAAGCAGAAUGGUGGGGUUGGUACCUCAGGGCCUCACCCAGUGCCAUCCUUCUCACGAGACAGCCUGCAGGAAGCCGUGGGGAGGCAGAGGGAUCCUUUGAGUAACGUUCUUUGCGAGGCCGGUGCCAAAAGUACCCGCCUGAGGAGCCCGGAUCCGCGCUGCGCAUCCCGGAGCCGUGAGUAUGGCCCACACUGCCUGAAAAGCACAAGAUUUAAUUGCUCUCCAGUAAAAGCCAAUCAGUGGGACGUAGGUAAUUGGCUUCCCUGUGGAUCUCUCUGGCCUAGAUAUAAAAAAAAAGUGGUGGGUGGGCUCCUCUGGGACAGAGCGAGUGCGAGUCCCCAGCUGUAUGCCUUGGAAACACAGCUGCCUGGGAAGGGAAGGGAUACUGCAGAACUUCUGGUUCUUUACCAUAUAUUUAUUUUUCUCUUGGGUGAUUGAUUGAUUCAUUUAACACUUUCUGUAAAAUGAAAAAAAAAAAAAAAGAGUAAAUGGAUAAAUAAUGGAGUAACUUGAAGCGCAGUGGUAGGGAACAGCCUUUCUGCAGCUCCUCCUGGAACGCAGCCCGGCGGGGGCUGGGGUACCAGCCCACGGAUGAAAGGGGGGGGAAACGCUUUAUUUUUUCAUGGUGAAAAUAAAAAAGGCUUAGAUUAAUUAAUAAACAGCAAUCAUGCAUGGGGGGGGGAGGGGUUAACACAAAUUUAUUGACUGUAUGAAAAAGAAAAAAGGCAUCGAAAGGAAGACUUUGUGUUAAGUGUGAAGUCUCAAAUAAACACUUUAUACCAGGAGA